UCUCUUCCUCCUUCGUCUUCUCUCUCUCUCUCUCUCUUCGUUUUUGGCUCGCGCAGAGGAGGUGCCGGAGCUGGCCGAUCGAGUUCUCAGUUCCGACUUGUUCCGACUCUCCGACCUUCUUCGAAGCUCGUCUACGAGAAGCCGGCGAAGAAGACGACCGCACCCCCAUCUUCGUCGGCUGGGAGGACCUCGCCGGAACCAUGUAUCAUCCCACCAGAGGCGGCGUUCGCGGCGGCAGAGACCAAUUCAGCUGGGACGACGUUAAGGCCGACAAGCAUCGAGAGAACUAUAUUGGUCACAGCCUAAAGGCACCUGUUGGGAGAUGGCAGAAAGGAAAGGAUCUGCACUGGUAUGCCAGGGAUAAAAAAUCAAUGGCUGCAGAAAUGGAGGCUGCUAAGGAUGAGAUUAAAAGAAUCAAAGAACAAGAGGAGCAGGCAAUGAGGGAGGCACUUGGAUUAGCUCCUAAGCGCACUAACACCAAUCAAGGCAGUCGACUUGAUAAGCAUGAGCUGAAAGAACUGGUGAAGCGAGGCUCCACAGCAGAGGAUUUGGGUGGAGGCCAUGCUGAAGCAGCACGUGUACAUGGUCUGGGUUUCGCAAGACUGCCUCGUCCCUGGGAAGAAUCAAGUUCUGUUCAACCCAGUCAACCGGAAGUUUCAGCUGGCGUAGAGAAGGUUGUCGCGCCUGCUCCCGACUCAUCAGCAAGGAAUGCAGAUUCCAGUGAGGAGUCUGAGGACGAACGUAGCAGGAAGAAGAGGAGGCGGGAGGAGAAGAAGCGCGAAAAGCAUGAGAAGCGCGAGAAAAGACAUGCUCGUGAUUCUGAGGACAAAAAGCACCAUAAGCACAAGGGGAAGAAGCGACAUGAUUCAGAUUCAGACUAAGCCUCUCUCUCCAACUAUUGUCAUUGCAAUAACGAUAGUCUACUACUUGUUUUUCUAAGGCACUGUUAAAGUUGUACCUUUGUUGGAGACGACUAUUCAUUGGUGGAGCAAGCGGAUGGAGAAGGGCACUGAGUGAACCCCCAUAUCUAGCCUCACAAUCACAAAAUUCUUCGAGGAUCGGAGGGGAUUGAGGUCUGAAAGUCACAUGGAUCUGGGAUGUGAUUCGGAUGCACUAACCCAUCUUAACCAGUCCUCUGCACUUCGGCCUCGGUGUCGGGAUUUGCUGCUUCGUGCACGGUCAUCUGUUUCCUUCGUGGGGUGCAUAUACCUCAGGGUAGUUCGAUGUAAUGUUUCUUUUCUACCCCGGUAAGUUUCAUGCUAGGCCUUUUGUCCGGGGGAUACCGCCUUGCGGAAGAUGCUCAUCGACUAAGUUCCAAAGAUCUAAAGUGCCUUAUACUUGAAACUGUCCGUGAGUUUCCAUUACAACUAUGUCUUAUGAUCCCCUUUCGGAGGUCCUAUGUGCAAAAGUUAUCUUUGAUGCUCUUA